AUAAAUUACUUAAAUUGUCCAGCUAUUUAAACAGGCAAUACAUCUGUGUCUUGCAGUCAGUGGAGAGGGAUCGUCGUACUAAAGUAGUAAAAAGUAUUAGCUGCAGUAAAAAUGGCAGAACGACCAAGAGGCUAUGGAAUGACUGCUGAUAUAGCAAGAAAGAAAGCUGGAAAAUAUGACCCAGAAUUGGAAAAGGAAGCUAAAGAGUUUAUUGAAAGUACGACAGGAAAAUCCUUCCCUGGAGGUUUCCAUGAGUCUUUGAAGGAUGGUGUUAUUUUAUGCGACUUAGCAAAUGCACUUCAGCCUGGAUCUGUAAAGAAAAUCAAUGAGUCGAAGAUGGCUUUCAAAAUGAUGGAAAAUAUUGGAAAUUUCCUGCAAUUUUGCCAGUCAAUUGGGGUUAACAAGAUCGACUUAUUCCAAACAGUUGACUUAUAUGAGGCUACUAAUAUACCUGGGGUUAUUGAUGGCAUUUUAGCAGUCAAAAGAAAGGUAACGGGAGGCGAAUCCACGCCAAAUGUUCGAGAUUUUACUGAUGAGCAAAUGAAAGCUGGUCAAGGUAUAAUUGGGCUGCAAAUGGGUUCAAACAAGGGAGCAUCCCAAAAAGGAAUGACAGCUCCUGGCGCUGUGAGACAAAUUCGUCAUGAGGAUAAUAUGGAUCGAAGUUGAGGUUCUGGAUGAUAUUUACAAGAUAUACGUCUUUAUGUUUUCUUAAGCCUUAGUUGAUUACAUUAUUCUUGCUUUAAAUGAAUAAAUAUUAGUUUCAUUCAAA